CAUAACAGCGAGAACUCAAAUCGUUGAAAUUGAAUAUUCCUAUCGUGCGAACACGUCAUCCUGAAGGAACUGAGGUCGUCUGCAGUCGCAGUGCGUCGCCCAACGCGUGUGGAACGCGAAAUGACGAUCCCAUGGCCCUGAGAGGUGAAUGUACUGCUCUAUCUAGAUCGCGAGGAAAACCAACCAGUAACCCUGGAAGAGAUAAGAACAGUGGUUAUAGCGGCAAUAUCCCUGGUCGGAAAGGUCAUAAGGACCCCUAACAUAAUGGCAGUACAUUAGAAGAUAAGCACUAUAUAUACAGAAAUGACGGCGAACGCGAAUGGCAUGGUGAAAGAGAUAUAUAACUUCAAAGAGGAACUCAAGAAUCUAGCGGUGAAGGUAUAAAAAGGCAUCAUGGCGGGCGAGACAGCCACCGUGGCGGUGACUGAGGCCGCGGAAGUAGGCAAGACAGUCGCCGCUAUGGCGAGAGACAUAAAGAGCAAAGGAACACAGCAUCAGAUAGGAGGACCAAUAAGCUAUGCCGCUGCGGCAGCACAUGGUGCCCUGAUCGCAAAUACAUAUAGCACACAGAAUGCUCAUAAUGCUCCAUCUUUAAUGCAGCGUGAGAUCAUCGUGAAUAUAAGAAAUGCCCAGACAAUCCAACACCUACGCGCCAUGAAUCCGCGUAUUAUGAAAGCCCAUGUUGACACAGCCAUCGCCCAGAGCGAAAACGAACAUAUAGCUAAGAUCACCACUAUAUCAGCUAACCAGCUCAAGAGCGGGGAUCUCAGCAUCAGAACAGCAACGAACAGUGAGAUGCAGACGCUCCAUAAAUUCACAGAUGACUGGGUUCCUCAACUCGGAAGCGGUACAUUAGUACACACCUAUAUAUAUAAGGUCAUUAUACAUAGUAUACGCACUAGCAUGAUGAACACUGAGGGGUUCAAGGAGGUCAAAGCCGAAAUCCUGCAAGCGAACAAAGCAUUCCUCCCUACAGCAGACAUCAAAUACAUUGGCUGGCUGACUAGGAGACCACGAAACAAUUCAAUGUCGUCUAUCAUCAUCGAGUUCACAUGA